CCGCUUCAUCCAACAAACCUUGUGCCCUGGCAAACUGAUAACUAUUAUUCAAACAAUAUGCCUACAUACAUUGUUACGUGUGCCGAUGACGCAUCGCACGAGGAGAUUCAACAGGUCAAGAAAGAUUGUGUUGACAGAGGUGGUAGACUAGAACGCGAGUUUACGCUCAUAAAAGCCUUUUCGGUGACGUUUGAUGAGGAAAGCAUAGUGACACUCGAGUCUUCUCCACAUGUAAAAUCAGUUGAGGUAGACAGUGUGAUGACUACCCAGUAAGCUCAAGGGGAGUUGAGC